AUGUCGAGAAGAAAACUGCCGCCCCCGGGCUUUAACUUUAAGACUCAAACGGAACAAGUUGUGACUCCACCAGGAAAUUUAGAUAAACAAACAACAAUUACAGUUGAUGACCGAACAUUCACUGUACAUGCUGAUGAUUUGGUAAAGAUUUGUGAUCUUGGCCGAGGAGCAUAUGGCAUUGUUGAGAAGAUGCGCCACCUACCUAGCAACACUAUUAUGGCUGUUAAGAGAAUCACAGCCACAUUCAACAAUCAAUCUUUGGAACAAAAACGUUUGUUAAUGGAUCUUGAUGUAUCAAUGAGAGCAAGUGCGUGUCCGUAUACAGUACAUUUCUACGGAGCAAUGUUCAGGGAAGGGGAUGUUUGGAUUUGUAUGGAAGUAAUGGAUAUGAGUUUAGACAAAUUUUACACAAAAGUCUACAAAAAUGAUCGUACCAUACCUGAGAAUAUUCUUGGAAAGAUAGCAUUUUCGGUUGUUAGUGCUUUACAUUAUUUAUACUCCAAACUCAGAGUCAUACAUAGAGAUGUGAAACCAUCAAAUAUAUUGAUCAACAGAAAGGGUGAAGUGAAGAUGUGUGACUUUGGCAUUUCUGGUCAUCUGGUAGAUUCUGUUGCAAAAACAAUUGAUGCUGGCUGUAAACCUUAUAUGGCACCAGAACGAAUUGAUCCAACUGGAAAUCCUGGGCAAUAUGACAUUCGAAGUGACGUGUGGUCUCUGGGAAUAUCCAUGAUUGAAUUAGCAACAGGAACUUUCCCAUACAACACAUGGGGCACACCUUUCGAGCAACUAAAACAAGUUGUUAAAGAUGAUCCACCAAGGCUUCCAGUGGGAAAAUUUUCAAACGAGUUUGAGGAUUUAAUAGUGCAAUGCUUACAGAAAGACUAUAGACUCAGACCAAAUUACGAUGCAUUGUUAGUGCAUCCAUUCUGCCAGGAACACAGUCAAAAGGAAACCGAUGUUGCAUCUUUUGUUCAGGAAAUAUUAGAUUUAGCAGGCGAUGCUUAGUUGUAGCAUCAUAAUAGUACACCUAUAAGUACAAGUGUUUAAUAACUAACAUUAAUGGUAGAUGUUUAAUGAAAUAAUUAAUCGAUUAUAGUUUAAAAAUAAUCAUCAUUAACAAUUUAAUUUGUCAAGUAAUACUUGUCUGAUGAAAGUUUGCCGUUACUUUAAAGGUCACGUUAAUUAGAAGCAGUGACAAAAAAUAAUCAAUAUCUGAUAUAUCUAUUUAUUGGUCAAAGAAAAUCUUGUUAAAUUUGGAGAUGAAAUUAAGAAUGAAUUAGUAUGAAUCCCAAAACAUUGUUGAAAACGCUAUUUAGAUUAGUUUACAGAAUGAGUCAUUGUUAAGAUUGGAAUGUAUUGGUAUGCACAAAUGCAGAGACAAACUAAACCUGAAAAAUAUGGAUUCAUUACAAAAAGUUUUAUUUUAAUACUUUAUUAUAUAUUUAUUUCAUGAGUAAUUUUUUUAUAUGUAUUAAUAAUUUAUUUAACGGGUAUGAAUUGUGUACAACAUAAUCGGCCAUUUAAAAUUAUUAUUUUUGCGGCCAUAUGAAAUUAUUGUGCUGUGAAACUGUCGGACAAGUUAAUAUUAUUCAUUAGUUUGUUAUUAAAUUUGUUGAGAGUGCUGAAACCGUUAGCGCUUUCAAGUGCUCGUAUUUAAAAACAAUCUGUGGCGAAUUGGUGUAUUUAAAAAAAAACCCUAUUAUAUUGUCUGUACUAAAUUAAUUAUUCGUUAGAAGUGCGUUAUACUAAAAUAUCGAAGCAGAAAACGGUAAACUCGAUGCAAGCAAGUACCUAAUAAAGCUUUUGAAAGCGUCAGUUUAAGCGAGAUGUAGAAAGAGUCAUGUAAUCAUUGAUUAACGUAGUGGCGAGAUGUGAACUCAAAUAACGACUGUUUAUAACUAUUUACAUCACAAAAUAAUUAUAUUAGUUUUAAUAAAAAGAUAUGUUUUUAA